CAUACUGCUGGGUUUAAACCGAUGCUACAUACUGAUUCUGCCCUCGGAAGACCUGAAAAUCCAAACCGGCUCUAGAUGCUUGAUUGAUUGAGAACUAUAUCACGGACUGGCCACUCACAUAGCGGAGCGGUCAGGGUUUUAAAAGGGGACUGGGUUCAAUCUCUAAUGUCCUUUGCAUCCAAGUGUCUGCUUGAUGACUAAAAAGUUUGGUAAAUGACCGAACAGUGAACAUUAUUGUUUCUGUCAUACAAGCAUGGACUUUAACUAGGUGAAAUAGUUGAGGAUUAAAGGUGAGGGGGCUACAAUUACAAGAAUGACACUCACCUUGAGACGGUGAAGGUGUAGGGUAACGGUGAGAGGGAGAGAUAGUCCACAUCACGUGGCAGCCACCCACAGUUGCCACAGCAAACACUGCUGUGAGUGAGCGAGAGACCUUCUAGGUCCCUCUCUGUCUCACUCUCUCUCACUCACAUCUCACUCUGUAUCACAUUCUUUAUCACAUUAACUUGUGUUCUAUGCCAGUUGGCAAGAUGAAGCUUAUGUGUGGUAUAUUGGUUUAUGUAGGUGAGCGAGUGUCUGUCUGUUUGUGCUUGCAAUUCAAAUGCAUGUGUGUUCUUGUCCUCAACCUCAUGAGCUGUCCGCUCACUUGUCCUUACAUGAGGUGAUGGUAUAUAAACAUGCUGUAAAACAGAUGCACACACACAAGAAUGUGAAAAAACUGUUUGUCCGAGUAAUUAUUCAGCUCUGAGUGCAUUCUAAGAUCUGCUUGCACAGGGUAAGGAAAAAAGGUGAGAAAGCCUAAGUCUAAAUAUAGCUUUUAGUUGGGGGAAGUAUGUUGACCUCAACGACCCUAUUGUCAACAUCACACAUGCCUUCAGCAAAUGCAAAGGCCACGACACAAAACUAAACAAUGUGUACUGUACAGUGAGUUGUUCAGUCAACAAUAACAAUGAAUCUCUUAGCUUCCUUUUGGGCCAGUACAUGUACUGAAUUUUUUUUCCACUCUGUGUAAUUUGUACUCUUGGUACAAUUCACAUUUUGAGAUGUGUAACUGUUAUGAUUUUUUUGAUUUGAUAAAUGACACUUUAAUUUUCACUGGGAGCUGGCCUACGAUAUGAAACUUAGGUUGAGAAUCACUCAGUAUCUUGCGUUGAUGCUUUGUUCUGAUGAGGUCCUAUUUGAGAGCUAUGGUGGUGUCACAUGCAAGAAAGGUUAGAUGUCAUAUCUGAACUUUCCUCAUUUUGAGGAAUAAGUCUCAACAUUUGUGUAAACUACCAUAUUUAUUUUAACCCAUACACAUGUGUCCCACUAAACACAAAAUCCCUUGGGUCAACUAGGGCAGUGUGAAUAGUGCCUAAUGGACACGUGUUGAUUUAUGUUGAGGAAGAGUGGUCGGACAUCUCGAGGUCAGGUGACAACGUGAGCCUCACUGUAAAGCGAACUACCGGAAAAACCCAUGUGACUGGUCUCUGAUAUUAGAUACGACGAAAGCUACGUGUGAACCGUGAAGUGAACAAGCACCUUGACUCUUUAAAUAUCUCCACAUUUGGCAGUGUCCCCUAAGGUUUCUUGAAAGAGACAAGGGUAUCAUAUAGGCUACACACAUGCAUGAACGCAACGCACUGUACGUAUGACACACACGUACAGUAUAUAAAUCAUUCACAACGUACACACACCCAAUAUCAAUGGCAUCAGGGAACAGAUAGAAGGGAGAGGGAGACAAGAGGAGAGUCAAGCAAACCAAUCAGAGAGCAGCAUUUUAUCCAUGUAGCGUGUUGUGAUGAUGUCACGGCCACAUGGCAGGGCGUGUCAGCAUACGGAACAGAAGCGUAUAGUACUAGUAUUACAAAAUGUAUAUAUAUAUAUAUUUUUUUUUGUUUAUUGUAAUCAUGUUAAAUACCAAUAUUGCUUACCGCUCCCUAAAUCUAUUUUUUAAUGUGAUGUUGAAAUUGUCGUUAAUGCAGUCAAGGAGUUGCACAAGCUGUUUCCAAACCCAGGCUUUACUGCUUCUGUUGUAAGUGGCGGAAAACUUAAAUGGGCAGUGAAUCCUUAGUUAGUAUCAGCCAUUAUCGCUUCAUAGCUUAUAAAACAACAUAUGUAUAAAAUAUGCAUUUAAAUUUGUUAAAUACAUUUUCAAUCAUAUAGGCCUGCCGGACAUCUUUAAAGUAUGCACAACCCAGGGCUUGGCUGCAGCUAGAUUAUUAGCUUUUGCUUGCUAGUGGUAGCCAUAGUUCUCCUUUAAUGGGCUAUUCAGCACAUUUUACCCAUAACAUACAUAACUGCAAUUAACACAUUCUCUUAUGAACUACAGACAUUUUCCAGCCAUAUAGGAUGCAUUGCAUGCAUGCCUUUGAUCAUGUGCCUGCUAGGGAAGUGCACGUGAUUGCAAUCCUGUGUUGCAUCACUUCUGCCAACGCAACCUUUUGUGUGCUGGCAACGGCUUUCAGCCAUGCUGGAGUCAGAGCCUAUCGCCAUAGCAACCAUGCACAAGGACGAGGUAGGGGAGUUAAAAGGGGGAGGGGUUUGUGAAGCAAACAUGCGAAAGGAAGGCAGAGCCAGACUGUCACCGGUCAGACCCACAGCCAACUCCUAUUGGCUGUGUGUGCUAUCUAAACCCGCCCACCCCUCUUAGUCAUGAACAGCAUCAUUUCUACUGCAAAACCCGUGACUGCUGAACCCACCCACCCCCCUUUCUCUCUCUCUCUCUCUCUCUCUCUCUCUCUCUCUGACUCUCUACAGUUAUUGAGUCACUGUUAGGGAUGCGACGGUCCAUGUGUGAGGCACUGUGCAGGGUGUUAUGAAAGAGCUCACAGCCCUUGAUAGCUCAACUGAUGUACCGACUGCAACGUACAUCAGAGGAGAGGAUUCACUGCUGGGGAAAAAGAAAAGCUGGACCACAAUAUGAAUCACAGAUGGAUGUAAGGACUGAUGAGUUGGACCAACACAUUCUUCUGAAGAGCAGAGAAAACACUGGAAUGGUUAAUGUAACAGCGGCUGAUGUUGUCUGAGGCCAGCUUGCGUCAGAAGAGGGGAAGGCAAGUGGACAGGUGAACCGACUGUGAGGUUAUCGAGGAUAUCUGCGCCCUGUGACAGCCCAUAAUGACCUCAAUUACCGCGCAGAGUGUGGACGUAGCAGCAUCCGUAUGUUACCGGGAUUAAUAUGCAGCGUUCACUGCCGUCCAAAGGGUGCCUCGCAAAAGAAGGGCAUACGCUAUGAUGGCACCGUUGCACAGUGAUGCAUGUGGGACGGACCCCGCGUCUACCAGCUGGUAGCUGCAAAGCAUGUUGGGAUUGGUGAGGUUCCCACGAAGGAUCAGCUGGCUAAUUGGCGCCACCAGAAGGACGGAGCCCCAGAGACGUCCGGUGGAAGGGGAGGGGGAUGUUCCGACUGCAGCAGGCAGGGAUACUGCUGAGUGCCAUGUUGGAGCUGGAACCGGCAUAGCGCCCAUCCAAACCAGUGACCAUGAACAGGCGGGGUCAGGCGCAUGGGCAGCGGUUCGCCAAGGCGGAUUACUACGAGUGUGACUGGUACUAUGAGGAGUCCACUGAUGUGUUGUGUGCUGAUAGAGUGGGCCAGAUGACCAAGACGUAUAGCGACAUAGACGCCGUCACUAGGCUACUGGAAGAGAAAGAACGAGACCUUGAGCUGGCCGCUCGCAUCGGCCAAUCGCUGCUGAAGAAGAACAAGACGCUGAGCGACCGGAACGGCGUCUUGGAGGAGCAGGUGGAGCACAUCCGAGAGGAGGUCUCCCAGCUGCGUCACGACCUCUCCAUGAAGGAUGAGCUGCUGCAGUUCUAUACCAGCGUGGCCGAGGAGAGCGAGGGCGAGUCCACCACCUCCACACCGAUACGGCAGAGCGAUCCAAAUGUCACCGUUCCCACUUACUUACCUCUGGACUCCCUGCAGAAGAAACUCAAAGACCUGGAGGCAGAGAACAUAUCUCUGCGAUCCGAGGCCACUCAUCUGGAGACGGAGACCAUUUCCUACGAAGAGAAGGAACAGCAGCUGGUCAAUGACUGUGUUAAAGAACUACGAUGUGCCAACAUGCAGAUGUCGAGCCUGGCCGAGGAGCUGGGGAGGAAAUCGGACGACGCCUCCCGCCAGCAGGAGGAGAUCACACACCUCCUGUCCCAGAUCGUGGACCUCCAGAAGAAGGCCAAGUCGUAUGCUGUGGAGAACGAGGAGCUGACGCAGCACCUAGGAGCUGCCAAAGACGCCCAGAGGCAACUCACUGCGGAGCUGCGGGAGCUGGAGGAUAAGUACGCAGAGUGCAUGGAGAUGCUCCACGAGGCCCAGGAGGAGCUGAAGAACCUGAGGAACAAAACGCUGCCGCUCACCACGCCGCGACGCUUCCACUCCCUGGGCCUGUUUCCCAUGGACUCCUUGGCAGCGGAAAUUGAGGGAACUAUGAGGAAGGAACUUCAAAUGGAUGAUCCAGAUGUUGAAGAACAAAAGCUGCACCCCAAGCGGGUGUUCCAGACGGUGAAGAACCUGAACCUGAUGCGGCAGCAGCGCUCGUCGCUGGCCCCCUCGCCGCUCAACAUCCCGGGCUCCAACCAGACGUCCUCUCUGACGUCGGGCCGCUCCAGCCGGGUGGGCACGCCGCACUCCUGCUCCACGUACGGCGGCAGCGAGUCGGGCAGCGGGCCGUACUGCCCCGACAACAAGGCCGGCGGUAUCCUGGAGGCGCACGACGACGGGUCAGACGACUCCAACCGGCGUCCCGUCGGCACCCCGGGGACCCCGGGGGGGCGGGACCUGGAGGCGGCCCUCCGCCGCCUCUCGCUGCGCCGCGACAACUACGUCUCCGAGCGGCGCUUCUUCGAGGAGGAGCGGGAGCGCAAGCUGGCCUACCUGGCCAAGGAGGAGCAAGGGGAGGACGGGGAGGAGAAGGGCGGCAGCGGCGGAGACCCCGGGACCCCCACGGAGAGCCUGCUGUCGCUGUACACGCACCCGUCCCUGGGCAGCAUGUGGUCGGGCUACUCCUUCACCUCGAGGUCCUACCUGCCCGAGAAGCUGCAGAUCGUCAAGCCCCUCGAAGGCUCGGCCACCCUCCACGCGUGGCAGCUGCUGGCCCAGCCCCACCUGGGGGGCCUGCUGGACCACCGGCCGGGCGUGGUCACCAAGGGCUUCCGCACCCUGGACCAGGACCAGGACCCUUCGGAGGCCGGGGACUGGCAGCUGGACCAACCCGAGGAGGACGACGAGUCCCUCUGCUCGUUCCCGGGCCUCUCCAGUGAGGACGACCUCCCCGUCUCCCGCCUGCCCUGGGCGUCCACGCCCGACCUCCGCCACGCCACGAACAACGGCGGCGUCGGCGUCCACCGGAGCGGUCGCGACAACAACAAAGACAACGAGGACAAUAGCCUGUUGGAGUCGCUGAGGGGCGCGCGAUCGGGGGAGGCGUUCGGAGGGAACGACGGACCCGCCCUCGACGGCCUGCCUUGCACUCCCUGCUCCAUCCGCUCCUCUCCUGUCUCCGUCGCCGUGACGACGCCGUGCGCCGACGAGAAGGCCGGCGGCGAGCCCUUAGACUUCCCGGCCCUACCAGCCGGAGCGCCGGACGGCUUGCCCGCCAUCUUCCCAGGGAAGUGCAUGUCCCAAACCAGCUCCACCUACACCUUCACCACCUGCAGGAUCCUCCACCCCUCAGACCAGCUCACCUCCGUCUCCUCCAGCCCCAGGUCGGCCUAUCAGAGCAGCCCUGGCGUGGGCGGGGCCGCGUCGCCCGUCCCUUCGCCGCUGCCCCAGUUCUCCGACCCGGCCACGCCCUCCUACACCACGCCCUGCUGCACCCCCCGCCGCCUCUCCCUGUCCCAGGCCGAGUCCUCCACCAACCGCCGGGACAACACCCGCACCACCAGCACCUCCCUGGGGCUGGUGCGCCUCCUGGUGGAGCACGGCAUCUCCGCCUCCGUCUACGACCCGCGCAGCUGGGACCGCGGGGGUCCGGCCGCCGGGGGGGCGCUGGAGGCGGAGCCUGAGGAGGAAGGGGAGGAGCUCUGGGAGGAUGAGGACAGGGGAGAGGCGGGGCGCCCCAGCUCCCUCCUCUUCCUCCCCUCCACGCCGCCCAACUCGCCGACCCGCCGCUGCCGCUCCAGGUCCAUGUCGUCCUCCCACCCCCGGGGGGCGCCACCACCGGCACCGCCGCCGCCGCCGCCGCCCCCCGGGGCCGGCUUCCAGUUCAGCCCGACGGACGAGCCGCUGUUCUACGAGACGUUCCUGGCGUCGCGGCCGGCCCAGACCAUCCUGAAGGAGGUGCUGGCCGAGUUCGAGAAGGAGCCCGCCCUGCCCGGCUCGUACCAGAGCCGGCUGGAGGCCACAAACCUACGGCUCGUCGACAAACUCAAGCGCUUCCGCACCCUGGGGCCUCCGCGGGGGGGGGCCAGCGCCGCCAUGGGCGGGGGCCUUGGGCCCGUGUUGAACGCGGGGCUCCGGAGGAACCGCAGCUACCCCGCCAUGGUGGGGGCCAGCAUGGCCAUGAAGGACCCCGGAGGGCCCCCCAGCAGCGCGGAGCUGUUCCUGGGCCACGCCCUGUCCACGCAGCACGCGGACGCGGCGCACGUAGCUCCCACGCGGCCUCUGGAGGAACGGACGCACGCGGCGGCGGCAGCGGCGGCCGGCGUACCAAAAAUAGUCUCCUACAGACAGCCCUGGCCGGACGACUGAGUGGAGGGCAUUCGAGAACCGUACGGAUUAAAACCACGCCAUGUUCCCCAUUUCAAGAUCAGCGAUUCGGAUUGCCCAGUACAACCGCUUGGAUGUCCUCACAGCCCCCAGCUAGACGUGCGUCACUCACAAAGAGAGUUCUCCUCCAAUCAACACCGCUCCACCGCACAAUAAGCAGAGGAGUUGAUCUGGGAUCGACAGCGUUACCUCUGCACCGACCGGAGCCCGAACAGGGCCGGCAUUGUGACCCACAAACCAAGUCCGACUGUGGAGCUGGCCCAGGGCCCAUCGAGCAGUCGUCACUUUAAGUUCUGCGGUUCAUGCUGUACCUCCAUGACAUAGGGGGAAGGAACAACGAAAUGCUGUCUUACCGGCACCUAUUUUUUAAAUCUGUAUUGUAAUUUAAAUCCAUGGAUUAAAUAGGGCGUACACAUGACACUGUUAACCAUCCGCUGUUCUAAAUGGUCUGUAUAAAAGUGUGUGGAUAGAGAAAAAAAAGAGUAUAUUAUUUUUCGAAAAACAAAGUUGUGUGAUUGUGGUUUUAAUCCCGCAAUCCCGCAAUCCUGUCCUCUGGCCGAUGACUGAAUGUUGUGCAGUCCUGUGUCUGGACACGGCCAACCUACUGUAGCUUCCGGGGACACGGGCGCGUGCUCCUCACAAAGCUCUAUUGAAUUCUCUAUUGAAUGCCUUAUCGGAAGGUGGGAGCGAGCCAGAGUAUGUGGUGCCAACUAACCUUCCGAGAUCUCCUCUUGUAUAAUUUUACUUCCCGUCUGUGUGUGUGUUUUUUGUCAUUAUUUUUCAUGCAAACUCCCCGAGUUCUGAUUUGAGGGGGCUAUUUUGUAGUCGUUCGAAAAGGAAAAAAAUUCUGCAUUUGAAUUUGACAACAAGGCCGUUUUUAGGAAAUUAAAAAGUCAUCCCCUUGGUGCUUUUAAGUGAGCUUAGGUUUAGUCGUGGAAUGAGGCCCAGUCCGCCUGACACUCCGUUUUAGCACUUUAGCCGCGGACUACUGAAGGACCUGUCCCUCGUUCUCUCUGUCGCUGGAUGUCUCCUCGCCCCAUCCUGUCUUGCCCGCCUGAUGCUUUUUGUUGUUGCUUUUUGUUCACUUCCGACCAAAUCGGGCCAUGGGUAAAAAAAGUACAACCUCAGAAUCCUGCUUUGCCUGUCCCUGUGUGUUGUCCUUUAAGAGACUUGACCAUUUUUGUGAGUUUCCUGCUCUUUAGACAUUUACAUUCUGUCAGUGUUAUGGUCACAACUAACGCUAACUGCUUUUUUAUGCAAGCAAACUAUUUAUUUGGGAUAACACACCCACCCCCCCUAAAAAAGAACCACAGAAAUGUGUGUGUUUUUUUUGUCAGUGUAACUAACUAUUCAAUCGACCAGUAGAGGGCAGCAAACUCACAAAUGGGGUCGAGUUACUCUUCAAGAAAACAGAACACCGAUCAGAGAGAACGCAGAACUGAAUGAGGGUGGAUAGAAUUAGCGGUUGCACAGUAUCUCAGCUGAUCAGAUUGGUCAGAGAGAGAGAGAGAGAGAGAGAGAGAGAGAGAGAGAGAGAGAGAGAGAGAGAGAGAGAGAGAGAGAGAGAGAGAGAGAGAGAGAGAGAGAGAGAGAGAGAGAGAGAGAGAGAGAGAGAGAGAGAGAGAGAGAGAGAGAGAGAGAGAGAGAGAGAGAGAGAGAGAGAGAGAGAGAGAGAGAGAGAGAGAGAGAGAGAGAGAGAGAGAGCGCGAGAGCGCAUGAGAGCAUGAGGCCAAUACAAUAAUGAAGGAGUCCUUUUUGUGUUUGACCCAUAUUUCCAGACCAUAUUUAUAACAAAAUUGUCAUUUUUCUGACCUAUUUUUAUGAUUGAGACUAGAGAGUGUGCAAAGCAUAAUGAAUCAAUGUGUAGCCAAUGUUGUGCCAGGUGUUCCUGUUAUAUAAGGGCAUUGAAAGGAAAUGCAAUUAUGCAACAGUAGGCCUACUGUAACAGCCAGAGUAUGCCCUACACACAGGUAAUACCUUUAUUUUUGUACGAUAAGAAAGGGAUUUCACCGGUUUCUUUUUUCUGUUCCUUGAAUUAUUAUUUUUGCUUCAUGCGAAAUACACACAGUGCUGAAUCGAUACUAAAAGUCGCAGGAUCGAAUGCAGUUUAAAUCAAUGAUCACUCACUACUAUACUUUUAUACCUAGUUUAAUCUGAGAAGCACAGAGACAGUUAAUCAUGCACUACAUUUGUUUCGAUGAAGGAGUCUCUUUUGGGUUGUUGUUUUUGUUUGGAGCUGUAAUCGUUCAUCAUCCAGUUCAAGUGUCAUUAUGAACUCCAUUAUGUCUGGGACAAUGGGUGAAGCGAACUACAAGCUAACAAAUUGUCUAGCAGCCACUAACUGUUGCUAUGCAAUAAUGAAAAGGUAUUAGGAUUUGUUAGCUUUAGUGGGAUGGGGGGGGGGGGGGGGGGUUCUGAUGCAGACACUGGCUAAUGUACAACAUGAGGAUUUUUGUUAUAGCUGUGUAUGUUUCUGUGUGUGUGUGCGCGUGUGUGUGUGUGUUGCACUACCUGGAUCAGCUGAAUGUAUGCUCCUUCAGUUUGCUGUAGGUCCAUGCGUGUGUAUGUUGGUUGCCCUUGUGCGAUGUGUGUGUUGAAUCUGAACAGAGCUUGUUAUUAUUAUUAUUAUUACUGCUCUAUAUGCCAGACAUGGUCUGUAUGCAACAAAUCUAGACAAGCUAACUUUUUGUUUGAAAAUAAACAAAAACGGGAUAAUGAAGAGUGGUAUUAGGAUGGGUUGUUCAGCCUGAAUCUGGAAUAUACGAGAACUUGUUGUUCAAGGGAAAAUGUGCCUGUAAAUAAAAUAUUAAUAUUGA